AUGGCAAUUGAGGCAACCAUCAACCCAAAGUUGCCCACAUGGAGUGGGGAUUGGCUUCAAUGGCCAGACUACAAGUUGUCGGUAGAAUUGGAAGCGGAUGCCACUUCCAAAGACGACCUCAGCAGACUUGCUCCAAAGUUGGUGAGAAACCUCACCGGAAAGGCAUGGGAGACAGCGGUUGGCCUUGAGAGAGAGAAAUUGAAAAGUGAAGAUGGAGUGAACUAUUUGCUUUCCUAUUUGGAGGAGAAACGAGGCCGCCAAAAGGUUGAUGUCCUCGGAGAUGCUCUUGGAGUCUAUUUCCAAAAGAGCGAGAUAGUGCGAAAAGAUGGUGAGGUUCGGAAUGACUUCGAAGCUCGCCAUGCGGCUAAAGUCCGAGACAUCAACAAAGCUCUGGUCGCAGUCGGCGCAAAAGGUGAUACUCCAAGUGAAAUCUGGGGUUGGUUCCUUUUGCACCAGUUUGUCCGCCUUGAGCCCUCCGACGUGGCCACCGUGAAGUCUUUUGCCAAGAACUACCAGCUUGAUGAAGUCUGUAGAGCCAUGCGUCAACUAUGGGGAGGUGAUAGCCUUGCUCUCCGUGACCAGGAGCACAAAAAGGCAAAGAACAAUGUCAAGGUUUUGAUGAAUGAGCCCAACACGCCUGAUGACAAUGGCAUUUGGUUAGGAUCUCCAGAUCUUGACGGUGAGGAAGUGAAUCAUGAAGAUGAUCCGGAUCUCACUGAGGAUGAGAUCUCAGUCUUGUUUGAUGAAGCAUGCGAGGCCCUUCGUGAAGACCCUACUAACCCAGUAGUCCUUGCCAAUUUCCAAGAGAUGAAGAAGUUGAAGUACACGGAAGCCAGGAAGGCUCUGGACCGUAGCCGAACAGCCCGUGGAUUCUUUCCCAACAGCACCCGAAGCAGCACGUCCAUGAACUCCCGCACAAGGAAGCCACCACCUUUUGAUGGUCUUUGCAUGCGGUGCGGAAAACAUGGCCACAAAGCCAGAGAUUGUCUGCAGAAGGCUGCUCCUUCAAACUCUCGUCGUGAACCAGCUGCUGGAAAGAUUGGUUUUGUGGGCUACUUGCAGGACGCCAACCAGGCUCUUGUGAAUGACGCGGACACGAUCAUGGAUACUGAGAGCGCAAUGGUCUUUGAAGAGGACCUUGACUUUCUGUAUCAAGAGAGCCAUCCCAUCCAUGUGGCAGUGGCAUGUGAGAAAGGAGCUGAGAACUCAGAGGGUCCUGGGUUCAUUGGAUCGACGCAGGAAACCACCCGUGACAAAGCAAUCAUUGACUGCGGGGCUUCCGAGUCCAUUGUUGGAGCCAACAUGUUGCAGGAUUUCUGCGACACGCUUCAUGAACUUGGCUUUGACCCAAAGUCGGAAGUCACGGUGGAUCGUCAAGUGAAAAAGAGCUUCAUCUUCGGCAACAAUGAAAACAGUUCCUCACUUGGACUUGCCAAGGUCAACACUGGUAUGUGUGGCACCGAACAAUCAGUUGAUCUGCACGUUGUGGAAGGAUCGACACCCUUCCUGCUCUCCAGCAAAUGGUUGUGGGAGCAAGAGGCGACUAUCAACUUCAAGACGGGCAAGGCCCUUUUUCCCAAGUUGUCUGACAACCAGGUGCAGCUCGAACGAGCCCCUAUAUUCCAUCUUCUUUUGCCACUCACGGCUUUUGAAGGAAAUGGAAAGUUGAUCAACGAGCUGCUGGUGACUGAUGAUGAUCAGGAUGUCUCUAUCCUCAAGCUCCAGAGUGCGCCUCCUGAGAAGACCACGCUGAGUGAGGGGGUGGCUGGGCAACAGCCGAUCAUGCUGUUAGCCAAGAAGAACAUGAUGGUGGACUUGAACAACCACUUAGCAGGUCAGGCAUCUGUUCAGGAUGAAGAGAGACCACCGAACGCUGAGGGCCAGGGGAUUCGAGUGCAAGCCAUCGCUGCAGAAGCGCCUUGGCAACUUGGCAAGCACUCGAAACACCUGGAGACUGUGAAAGAAAAUGCAAGUCUCUUGGCCCUUGAAACGGCCGCUGAUGUCGACGUGGAAGAGACGUUUGACGCCACUUUGGCAGCAAAGAAUGAGCUGCAUACGUUUCGUGGCUUUGCACCAAAUCAAUGGGCUUUCGGACAAAAUUGUGAUCGUGUGGGGUCCUUUUUGCAGAAUGGAGAACAUCCUGUCGUUCAGCAACAGAGGUCUAAACAGGACAAGAACCGGCAUCCGGAAGUGGAAUCCAGCGAGAACCUCACUCAGAACUACCGCGAGAUGGAUCUCAAGCAGCUGGGAGAGAUGGAGCAGAAGCACGGGAAGUACUCCGGGGUGAAGCUAGUGGACAUCGUGGAAAAGAAGGAGGACUUCACAUACCUGCGGUGGCUCGUAGAGCAUCAUCCAAAGAACCCCAAGUUUUUGGCCCUGCUGAUCUAUCUGGAGCGUCACGAGCUCGUGGCCAGUCAGCAAGCCAAGACAGCCGAGCCCAAGUCAGUGAAGAAGCCCGGCGAGAUUUUGAUACCCAUGUCCAGUCAAAGCGGCUCGCCCUACCCAGCCGGGAACCAGGACUCAAUGCUCAAGAUCGAGAUCCUCGAGAAGCGCAUGCAGGAGAUGCACUCCGAAAUGCAGACAAUGUUCCAAACGAUUCUGGAGCUGAAGGAUCACAAUCGCCAGAUCCAGGAGGCAGUCAUGGUUCUCAGCAAUCAUGUGGCCGGACACCAGAAUCGCAUCCAACACCUCGAGGACACGGCAGUACUGCCCUCCGACUUCGAGCCAGUCCCGCCGUUCCAGCAAGGACAGGAACGAUAUGCCCUCGGCAUCAACGAGAUUUGUGUGUCUCCGCAGAGAAAGAAAGAUCCUCAAGCUAAGGCCAAUAUUGAGGAGAAGAAACAACUCAGAGCCACUCUAGGAUCCAGUCAAGUGGACUUCAACUUGAAGAACGCAGAACUGCCAUUGAUGUUUUGUCAAUCCGUGAAAGAACACUUGAAACUGGAAUCCAGGUUCGUUGGACGGACUCUGAUCAACAGUUGGCUGAUGGACUUAGUAAACCCAAAAAAUUUGAUCAUCUUUUGGAUUUGCUGA